UCAGUCGAUCGAGUGCAACACGCCAAGCAACAUCCAGCACGCCAAGCAGCGUGGCGUAUAGUGUUCCUUCGCAUGAUCGCGUCCACUCCAGUGGUUGGGGUGCGCUUCUUCGCUGACCCGGAUGACGAUGGGUACCGAAUCGUGAUACUGAUACUGCCCGAUUGCCCGAUCCGGUGAUCGUACUACACCCCACCAACCUAUAGUUCUGAAGAAGAGUGGAGUGGUUUGGCAAAAGUGUAAGUGAUCCCCAAGUGACCACUAGUGUGCGUAAACGGUACACCAAUAAAGAAGAAGAAGAAAAAGAAGAAGUUCUUACUUCCCCUCCCACCAAAAAAAAACCCCUAAACCGGAACCGCGGGGUGGGGUGGUGAUGGGUCCGGCCAGUGGGAAGCUGUGCGGGGAAGCUAAAUCUACCGUCCGCGACGGAAAGCUGUGACCACGAUCGCGAGAGAGCCGAGCUUGCCCGCAGCUUGAUUGUUGCCUGUAUGCGUGUGUGUGUGUGUAUGUGGUUGUGUUCUGUUGUUUUACGUGUAUGCGUUCGCACGGGAGCUCAGUUUCCCUUUCGGCGUGGAGCGAGAACACGUUCUGGUUUGCAGUGCGCGAGUUGCUACGGUGUUGAUCGGUGUUGAUCUCGUCGUCAGUGGCGUACAUCAAAAGUGCAAAAGCUAUCUUCACAGCUUCAUACCAGCUUGUUAUCGGAAGAAAAUCCCUCAGUGUCCUGUUGUGACAUAAGUUAAUGAUCAAAGGUUUAAGUGCACCUUUAGCAAUGUUGUGAUAUGAAACGUGUAUUACUGUACCACUAGGUCACUGCGGGAGAUACUUGUUUUAUUUGGUGGUUUCGUGUUUCUUUGCCGACUUAGCCAGCAACCUUUACUGUGCUCAAGUGAAGUUAAACAUAUAUAAAAAAAAAACUAUUAAAGCGGCUGCCCAUCACAUCCACUGGACAUAGGGACGCAUCUGUCCCGGGUCACCGGUGACCGGUUGAAUUAUAUUAGCGAACUGUUAAUUCGUACUGUUUACUACAUAAUCAUCAACCGCGUGCUUACAAGCAGCGCAACAGUUCCAAAAAAGAAUCAACAGAGUUCUCACAAACCACCUAUCCAGAGCGCUGAUAAUGCAAGGACGCGUAAAAGAGCUGAGUUAAGUUAACUUAUUGCAAGAUCAGCAAGAGUUGUGUGUUACGGCCAUCCUGAAACACGCAGCAAUACUUCCGAAAAUCCUAACAGCAACGUACGCCAAAGCUGUGAUAUCGCUACCCAAGAAACCUAAACCCAACUUGCACGGAAGGCAUAAUUGGAGGUUGGACAAGUUAUGACGCAAACUACAGCACACGAUUACGAUCAACACCAUCAUGCAGGGACAUCAGUGCCAGCACCAGCACCACCGAAUGGGCGAUCGUUUGCGCCAUCGUUGGCGGGGUUUCUACUGAUCGUAGCCGGGCUGGUAGUUUGUGGUUUGCCUGACGAAUGCACUGGUGCCCAGCGGGAAUCACAGCUGCGACUGGGGAAAGCGGUAAACGUUUUCCUGCGCUACGGUUAUCUGUCGAUAUCGAUGAAGGUCAUCUCGUACAACGAUAGCGAACGAUGGCUGUUUAAGGAGCCAACGAACAACGUCUUCAAGGGCCUGGAUCAGCUGAAGACGGAGGUGUACGAAAUAAAACCGGGCAUCUUCAAUGGUGACUUCCAUAUGGAGUUCUGCGACAAUCGGCGCCAGCUGUUUCAGGCUUACUUCCGCGACUUUCAAAUCGAACGUCUGGACAGCUCGUGGCGUGCCUACACCGAAGGAUGGCAUCCGGAGGUGGCAGCAAAAAAGCUAGGUAUCCAAAGCAAGUACCUCGAACGGGACGAGUAUUGUUACGUGCUGGUACGGGUGUCCCGCUACCGAGACAGUGCCCGGUUUGCGAAACCGAUCCCACCGAACCAGACGAUCGAACCGGAUGUGUCCCGCAAGGCGCAGAGUGUCGUCGUCGGCGACACGACGUCCGCGGUACAAUUCAUGAAUCAGUACGGUACGCACUAUAUCAACGCGUACGUGACGGGCAAUUCGCUCUAUCAGGUGUUUGUCUUCAACAAGCGCAAUUAUGGGCAUGUGAAGGAAAAGCUCAAAAGCACCGGUACGCUACAGGUGUCCAAGGUGGAUCUGUACGAACACUUUGCGCCAUGGUUUGUGGAGCACAUGGGCAAGAUACGGUGCGCCAGUGGUAAUGCGUCCGUCGAAGCAUGGGCCUCCCGGAAGCUGCGGCUUUCGUACUACGUGUUCACCUAUAGUAGUCUACUGAAGUUACACGGUGACGGUGCGCUGCUGCGGAUACUAAGUGAGCUACUGCAGAAUGAGGCUAUCCUGCAACUGGAUCUGCGCUCACUCGGUGUCGUUUUUAAGGAUCCGACCAAACGAGCAUGGUAUAGGGAAAUACUGGAUAACUAUCUCAAACUCUGGGAAGUCAAUAUGUAGCGAACAGGAGCUACCUAAGUACGAUCGGUAACAUCUUUACGAUGUCGCAUUAGACCAGUAGCAGAUAUAGCCCAAUGGCGGCAGGACAGACAAUAUGGGCCAUGCGUAAAUCAAUAAGUCACAGAGCGCUGGUCAGUAACGGCCAGAUAGAUCAAGCCGAAUAUCAGUUGUAAGGCCAAAUUAGGUAGUGCUAGCAGCUUUAGGGAAACAGAACCGACGUCAGCCGUUUUUAUGGUUACGAUCGUACCAUUUUCCACGAUAUCCUAGAUGGUAUGGUAGCCAUUUAGAUCGAAUCCUGUUAAGAUUAAGCUUACGUGUAGAUUAUUAGAGAGAUAGGUAGCUGUUUAUCAGCGUGCAUAGCUGAGUCACGUUCGAACUACGGUCGAUAGCAUAACGAGACGCUAGAGGCUCCAGUGACGUAUGAUUUACAUGUGCUAAAGCAACAAUUCUACACCACCGUGUUUGUGGCUACUACUAAAGCGUUCCUGGGGUCUUUUGCGUAAUAUCAACACAGUAGUAGGAGCAGCAGCAGCAGCAGCAGCAGCAGCAGCAGGGUUGUGGACAAUAGGGUGCAAAUGAUUUUUAUUUACAAAAAUUAUGUAUUAUCUAGGCUCUAAGGAAGAUCUACCGUAGGAUAUCGAAAGUGUCCGUAUACACUGUAUUCUUCACUCUAGCUACACACUACUGUACUACUUCCACUUGCUGUGAUAGACUUAGUUGAUAGAGUGCUUAGUGCCCGAAGAAGGGAAACCCCCGAAGGAAGACGUUCACCAAAAUCGGAAGUGGAUAGCUUAUUUUUGUAUGGACGCAACCCAUUGCUAGUGAAGCUCGGCAUUACACUGUAUGAACCUAUUUGCAAGAAGAGCACGUUAAAUCCAAUAAGCCGAGUGUAUCAACAGGUGCACUUUGCACCGGUAAACGGAGGGGUAGAAGGGACAAGUAGUUUAAGCAGGUAGGAUCCAUAGUAUAAGAUGAUCGAUUAAAAAUCAACUAGUGAUAGUCAUAUUUAAGCGAACAGUAAAUAAACAACAAAAAAAAGCUUUAAACAAAUAAUGUGUUCAAAAAUGUGUAUA